AUGACCUUCUUCGACGCCCAGACCGAAGAUCUCGAUAUUGCCUCUAUCCGUCGACACGCCGUGCGCCUGGCCAAGGCCGGCCUCGUCGGCCUCGUAACAAUGGGCUCAAACGGUGAGGCAGUGCACCUCACCCGCGAAGAGCGCAUGACCGUCACUCGCGAGACCCGCUCCGCUCUCGAUGAAGCCGGCUUCAAGAACGUGCCCGUCAUCGCCGGUGCCAGUGAGAACAGCAUCCGCGGCACCAUCGAUCUUUGCAAGGAAGUCGCUGCUUCUGGUGGCGAGUACGUCCUGAUCGUGCCCCCCAGCUACUACCGCUACGCCGUCGGUAACGACGAGACACUGUACGAGUACUUCACAGCCGUCGCCGAUGGCUCGCCCAUUCCUCUUAUCCUGUACAACUACCCCGGUGCCGUUGCAGGUAUCGACAUGGACUCCGACCUCAUCAUUCGCAUCUCCCAACACCCCAACAUUGUCGGCACUAAGUUCACUUGCGCCAACACGGGCAAGCUGACCCGUGUCGCAAGUGCCCUGGGCGCUAUCACCCCCUCUUCCCCUCUGGCCCCGGCUCAGCGCACUGCUACUGUCUCCAAGCCCGACGCCAAGCAUCCAUACGUUGCCUUCGGUGGUAUUGCCGACUUCAGUCUCCAGACUCUGGUAUCUGGGGGCUCUGCCAUUCUCGCCGGUGGCGCUAAUGUCCUUCCCCGUCUUUGUGUGCGCAUCUUCACUCUCUGGUCUGAGGGUCGUCUCACUGAGGCUAUUGAGGCUCAGCAGCAGCUCAGUGCUGCUGACUGGGUUCUUACCAAAGCUGCCAUUCCUGGUACCAAGGGUGCUAUUCAGUCUUACUACGGAUACGGUGGCUUCCCCCGCCGACCUCUCGGCCGUCUCAGUGAAGAACAAACUAAGACUAUUGCUAAUAAGAUUAAGCCUGCUAUGGAUGUGGAGUUGUCUCUACCUGACGUCGCAUAA